AUGAAGGCGUCCAAGUCAUCCAAUUUCCUCGAUGGCCUGGAAUUUUAUUUCAUGACCAAAAAGCCUGAAAAAGUUCAGAGAUUUGAAGUAAAUGCGAGCGACCACUUCAAUGAAAACCCACGCACGCACGUGCUUUUUCCUCGUGGAGUAAAUUAUCAUUCCGGCCUGCAUUCUUUCCAUUCCACACAGCCACAGAGAAAGUCCGUCUUGUGUCCAUUGACUGGUUACUUGCUUGUAUUGCGGAAAGGAAAUCCUACCAGUGACACAAUUCGAGGUAAAGUAAAGCAGAUUUUUCGGUAAUAGCAGAUAAUAUGGACGUACUUGGCGAGAGAGGUACGGGUUGAAGGAAGAGAAACCCUAUAAGUGCGCCGCUCCUCACUUCGAAGCAUGGAAACUAGUUAGCGGCGCAAAGAUUACUGGGAGAAUCAAAAUGGCAGACACUAGAGAAUUUGUUAACAGUUUGUAGAAUUUCCUUGUGACUCGUUAGUUUCUGGACAGUUGCAAGGUAACAAUGAAUGCCAUUAAACCUGUUAUUCUACCACCAGACCAAAAAAGACUUAUCUAAUUUUUUUAGGUGAAACACUGCGGGGUAGAAACAAGUGAAUGCUUGGAAGGUCCUGCUGAUCCGAUCAAGAGUAUAGAGAAAGAUCUUCGAAAAAGAUUAGAUUCCCUAUAACUGGAACAUCGAAGUUUUCUGCAGCCAGAAAAGUAAUUGGAGAGACUGGAAAGGAAGUAAUUUUACGAAGGACCUUAGCAUUUGGUUCUCAGUAUGGUAUUGGGGUGUUUUGUCUAACUGAGGCAGGAGAACAACAAAUUGGUUGGGUCACUGGAAAGGACCCGUGCAAUUUUGGAUGCUGUUGGAAAGGCAUACGACUUGCCAAACUUUCAUGCCAAAAUUGACAGGCAAGUGCCAAAAAUAUGGGAGACAAGUUUACCAAGAUAACAAUUUUUAAAAUUUGUGGAGCUUUGUGAAAUAAUUAAUACACGUAAAUAAUCAUGUUAUAUUUAAUUAAUUAUGUAGAAAAUUUAUGGACAGUUUCAUGAAAAUCGUGUCUCUUCUCUUAAAUUAAAAAUUUAUGUCACUAUUUGUAUAUUUAUGAUAGGUUUGCUUGAUGUUGGGUAUCUAACCCAUGAUGUUUUCCUGGCUAUUUAUUUACUAACUUCGACUGUAUAAUUUUACAGUAACUGUUGUGGUAAUUUUAUCUGAACAUUUUUAGCUAAAUUGGUUUCCUGGCUAUCUCUUCACUAGCUUUGAGCUAGUGAGUUGCUAGUUGAGCAAAUCCCCGGAACGGAGGCUGAAGCCCCGUAAACGAAGUCAAAGACAUCCAGUAUCCAAUGAGGUCGAAACAACGGCAUUAUCAGCUAAAAUUGAAGAGUCUCUCAAAGAAAAUCCAAGGAAGUUCUGGAAUCAUCAAAAAGCGUUCUUGAGCGGGCGCUCGGACACUAACCCAGCGAUUUCUUAUGACGAUGAAGUGGCUAAAAAACCGGCGCAGAAAGCGAAACUCUUUAAUAAAUACUUAUGCUCUGUUUUUCUCCCUGUUACUCUGGACGUAAACAUAGCCCCAAAGAACAAAUCACUUAGAUCAGAUAUGGAAAUUUCUCAAAUAUAUGUGUCGGUUGAUGAUGUGAGAGAGCACUUGAAUGAAUGA